AUAUCUUUGUUAGUGUGGCGAAAACCGGAAAUGACAGAAACGCAUUUACGUCAUUUUCCUGCGCGGAGAUUAGAACGCUGUGUGGUAAUUGGCGGGAAUCAAGACAAAUAGACAGAAGCAAAGCUAGCUCGCUUGGUAAAUUAAGUGAAGCGAGAUACCGAACCAUGCAGUUCUACAGCAGAAGAAAGAAGUUGAUUGGCAACUCUCAGACUGAGCAGCUGUAUGGACAUUGUCUUCAGUUCUAUGGUCAGCCUCCCAUCGAAAACAUUUCUCUCUCCGAGUUUGAGACCUUCGCUGUGGACAGGCUGAAACUGUUGAAGACAGUUGAAAACCUUGGCGUGAGCUAUGUGAAAACAUCUGAACUAUAUACCAAGAAACUGGAUGCAGAGUUCUCAAACUUGAACUUCCCCUACAAAAUAGAGGCUUCCACUAAGGAUGACCGGAAACCUCAAACUGGGCCCAGUGAAUAUGAGAAGCGAAGAAAGGACCAUAUCUCCCACUUCAUUCUCCGUCUUGCAUACUGCCAAACAGAAGAUCUCAGACGGUGGUUUAUCCAGCAAGAGAUUGACCUCUUUCGUUAUCGCUUCAAUCACCUGCCUUCCAAAAACAUACGAGAAUUUCUGCAAUACAAUAAUCUUCACUAUCAUACGAUUAGUAUUGAUAAGAAGAAAAACCUGAUGGACAAACUCGUCACCUCAAGCUUUGCUGUCAGUGGAUCCACGGUUGACUGCCAAGACUUUUACAAAGUCCCCUUCCAAGAUGCGUUGGAUCUGGUGAGAACCAGGAAGGUCUACCUGAAUGGGGGCUAUGUCUACAUCCCUCACCAGGACAUUGUCACCAUCGUUCUCAACGACUUCCGUACAAGACUGUCCAAAGCACUUGCGCUGACAGCCCGCUCCCUACCAGCAGUGCAGUCUGAUGAACGACUCCAACCUCUGCUUAACCACCUCAGCCAUGCUUACGUGGGUCAGGACUACAGCAUACAGAAGAGUAUUGGGAAAAUUUCUUUGGAGCAGAUCGAUCCGCUAUCGGCCAAGUCCUACCCCCUGUGCAUGAGGCAGCUCCACCGGGGGUUGAGGGACAGCCACCACCUCCGUCACGGCGGGCGCAUGCAGUACGGACUGUUCCUCAAGGGCAUCGGCCUCACUCUGGACCAGGCCCUGCAGUUCUGGAGGUCCGAGUUCGUCAAGGGCAAAGUGGACGCUGACAAGUUUGACAAAGCAUAUGCCUACAGCAUCCGCCACAUGUUCGGGAAGGAAGGCAAGCGCACUGACUACACCCCUUACAGUUGCAUGAAGGUGAUUUUGUCAAACCCACCCAGCCAAGGCGACCAGCACGGGUGUCCAUUCCGACACAGUGACCCAGAGCUGCUGAAGCAGAAGCUGCAGUCCUAUAAGGUCUCCCCCAGCGGCAUCAGUCAGAUCCUGGAGUUGGUCAAGGGAAUGCACUAUCAGCUGGCCUGCCAGAAGUACUUUGAACUGACGCACAGUAUUGAGGACUCUGGGUUUUCACUCAAUCACCCCAACCAGUACUUCAUGGAGAGCCAGAAGCUGCUAGGCGGUCCCGGGGCUGGGGUGAAGGUGGAAGUGAAGCGGGAGGACAACCCUGCCACCAAACCCCCCAACCCGUCCCCUCACCAAACACCAGGACCAGGGAACCUCCCUCAGGAGGUGGCAGCAGAAAUAACAGAGGACCUGGAUUCUUUCUUCCAAGAUGCCUGAUAACAUUUCCUUACUAUGUAGAUUUGAAUAAGCUCCCAUCCAGUCAAAUGUUUUUUUACCAAGAAUAAUGAUUUUCUAUUCUUCUCAAAGGUUCAACGCUGUCCUCUGUUUUACAUGUACGUAGUAAUAAAGUUGAAAAUAUGAA